UGCUCUUUCUGGGGUUACUUGUGUCUUCUCAUAAACAAAGAAAUUGAAGGUCAAGUUAUCUUCUCUCAAAAAUCAAAAUGAAUGAGAUAAUUACACAAACAGUAAUUUCCCAACCAAUUUAUUUUAGGAAUUUGUAAUGUUUGAUGAUCCUAUUUUCUCUCAUUUUGUUGUUUGAUUUGUAAUAAUAGUAGUAAAUUCUGGGAUUAGAAAAUGGGAAAGCAACGAUCUCUUCGAAGCAAAGCAGUCAAUCUUGUGUCUGACUUCACCACUGUUCUUCUUAACCCUAUUUCUGAUAAACCCUCCAAGAACCCACCUCAUGAUAAUGAAACUGACUCAGAGAAAAGUCAUGUUGAGUCAAAUUCUGAAGAGGGUACUUUGCCUACAGUUGAGGGACCUGAUACCUCAUCUUUCAGUGCCUUUCUUUAUUCUCUACUAAAAGAUGACUACUUUAGUGCUGAAAGAGAAGGUGGGCAGCAUAGUAAAGCACCUGUAAAAGCUGAAUCGGAAUCCGAAACUGAAACUGAAGCUAGACCUGAAAUUAAGCCUGAAGUUGUAGCAGAACCUGAAAAUGUAACUGUUGUGAAAGAGAGUGGUGGAAAGAGAGGGUUAAUAUCUAGAGGGAGACAGUCUAUUGGUAAAGCUAUGAGUUAUGCUGCAAGAUUAGCAUGGUACCGGAAUCAAACAUCAGGGCGAAUGUCGAACCAUGAAACUAAAACUGAUGAUAAAAAUGGAUGCCAAGAUGGAGGAAAUUUGAGUCCAAAGGAAGGCACAGAUGAAAUCCUAUCAUUGGGUGAACUUCCAGAUAUGUCUGAAAAUUCAUUGCUUCUUUCACAGAAAACCCGGGUCAAACUGUAUGCUUCCCUUCCAUCCCUUGUUAAAGGGCGAAAAUGGGUGUUGCUAUACAGCACAUGGAGACAUGGCAUAUCACUCUCAACCUUGUACCGGAAAAGUAUGCUCUGCCCUGGCUUGAGUUUACUGGUGGUUGGUGACCGACGAGGUGCAGUUUUUGGCGGCUUGGUUGAGGCACCUCUCAAACCCUCUAAGAGCAAGAGAUAUCAGGGGUCAAAUAGCACAUUUCUAUUUACAGAUGUACCUGGCCAGCCAAUUAUUUAUCGUCCCACAGGUGCAAAUCGAUAUUAUACGGUGUGUUCCCCUGAUUUCCUUGCACUUGGUGGUGGUCAACAUUUUGCACUUUACCUUGAUAGUGAUCUAUUGAAUGGAUCAAGUGCAUCAUCUGAAACCUAUGGCAAUUCUUGCCUCUCACUCUCUGAAGACUUUGUUGUGAAAGAAGUUGAGUUAUGGGGCUUUGUAUAUGCUUCGAGGUAUGAGGAGAUUCUUGCUUUAAGUCAGAAUGAGCUACCUGGAAUUUGUAGAUGGUGACUUAUAAACAGUCGUAAUGCCCGGAGUGAUUCUUGAAACAUGAUUUUGCCAAAUUUUAGGUGCUCUUGAAAGUUUUAACUAACUUGCUGAUGCCCAACAUUGUAUAUAUCCUAGUGUAUAUAUCACAUAAUAUGACAUGGGAUGAUGGGAAGAAACGUUAAAGCUACUGCUUUUUGUACAGAUUGUAUGAAGUUGUAUCUUGUAUGUAUAGAGAUCCUGCAAAAGCUUUAAUUCUGAUAUAAGUAUAGAUUUGUAAGGGCACCACUUAACAGUGCCCUUGUCACUCGAGGAUUAUUGCUUACUUAUA